CUCCGCGAGCCGGUUCGUGUGUGUGUGGAUUUCUCUUCGAUUUCACUCUACGAACUCCUGCUGUAGGAUGACAAUUGACCAACAAAUUCAUUCAGCAAUGAUAUGACCUUCAGUCGUUGACAUCGUAAAAUUCUACAAACAUUCAUUUCUGUUGGACUCAGGGAGUUAGACAUGGGGACGGCUGUUGAUGACAUCAGACAACUGUUAAGAGACUGUGAGCUGUUUGUUUUUGAGAUCCUCCAUGAUGAGAAUCUCAGUAUUGCAGCUCGAGAGUCUAGGGAAAUUCUCCAAAGAAAUUUUGUUGUCGUCCAGAAAAGACACCCACAAGAAUUUCCCCACAGACUUGAGUCCAAUCCUGAAGACAGUUCAGAUGACAACCGCAGCUCCAGUCUGGGACGCUCUGCCCCCUCAGAUGAUAUGUCAGUGGCCUCUGACUACCAGGAGGAAGGAGGCUCUGAGCUUUUUGAAGAGAUCCCUCUGGUGGCUGCACAAGACCUGAGUAACAUUCUGAAGCAAGGUUACCUGGAAAAAAAGAGACGAGAUCACAGUUUCUUCAGCAUGGAAUGGCAAAAGCGAUGGUGUGUUCUGAACAACACCAUAUUUUAUUACUUCGGGAGUGAUAAAGACAAGCAGCAGAAGGGCUCGUUUUAUAUCAAUGGUUACAGUGCAGAGUUGGUUCCCAGUUUACGCAAAGACUCCAAGAAGAGCUCCUGCUUUGAGAUGAGUGCUCCUGGAAGACGCUCUUACCAGUUCACUGCCAGCAGUCCUCGUGAAGCAAGAGAAUGGGUGGACCAGAUCAAUUUUGUUCUUAAGGAUUUGAGCUCAAACUUCAUCCCUUUUGAUGAUGACGAGGAAGAAGAAGAGGUGGAGGAAGAGGAAGAGACGUAUGAUGAUAUUGAACGAGCAACAACACCACCACCUCCAAGACCUGGAGUAGCGUCUGCACAGGUUACAACCCCGAGAAAAACUCAAAACAGCCAUGAAGAGUGGAAAGACCAAGCACUGCCUCAGGAAGACGAAGAAGAUGAUGAGGAAGAGGACAUUUAUGAAAUACUUCCCGAUGAUGAAAAUUCUGACAACGCUGAAGAUUGCAGUGAGAGAACUGGGUCCUCCGAUUAUGCCAAUUAUUACCAAGGCUUGUGGGAUUGUGAAGCUGAGGGACCGGAUGAGUUGGCCUUCCAGAGAGGAGAUUUGAUCUACAUCCUCAGCAAGGAGUAUAACAUCUAUGGAUGGUGGGUCGGUGAGCUAGAUGGUGCCAUCGGCAUAGUUCCCAAAGAGUUUUUACACCCUGCUUAUAUUCUAUGAGGUUUGCUUUGUUGCGAAGAUCACAGAAGCAAAUGUCUUCAAAGUUUAAAUGAAUUGCAUUUUAGUUAAUAGACUAAUAAUAAUUAAUAGAAAUGUUUAAACUUAAAAAAAAAAAGCUCUAAUAGUUAUCCAAUCUGAGAACUAAGUGUUUUUGUGAGUAAGCCUUUUAUUAUUUAUGUGUGUACACUAAAAGGCUUAUUAUUGUCCAAGUCUAGUUUUCUGAUUUAUUCAAAUACAAGACACACAGACACACACACAAUUGAUUUCUACAAUACUGUUGCAAACUGGUUGAAUUCAAACUAAUUUGAUAAUGUUCAAAUUAAUUUGUUUAAAUUCAGCUCAAAUCAAUUUACAUCCACUACUAUAAAAAACAUAAAUCGUUAUUAGGAAUCAUCUUUGAAUAUUUUCUUCAGUGCAUUUAUGCAAAUAGUGUACAUAUGAAAACCAUUUGUAGCAUGAGAAAGUCAUUUUAGCAGUUCUCAUUUACUGUUAUAUAAAGACAGUGCUUUAUCAGCAAUUACUAAUUAUUUUUUUUUACUUGACUCUGCACUUAAAAGUUGUAGAUCAGAUGCAGUACCAGCCAAUUCAGCACGUACAUUCCCUGACAUAAGUCUCAUUAUUAAUCCCGAUGUAAGAGCAACAAAUAACUUGACUUCUCGUUGAUCAUUUGGAAAAGUAGUAGAAGGUAGAUUUAAACCAAUGAAUUAUCUGUUUAACUGCAUCCCAAUCAUCACAAAAACUGCAGACCUAUUGGAACCUGCACCUAGGAUUCUCACAGAAAUUCCAGGAUUGGCCAGCCCAGUCUCCAGACAUGAACAUUGAGCAUGUCUGGGGUAAGAGGGAGGAGGCAUUAAAGAUGAAUCCAAAGAAUUCUGAUGAACUCCUGCGGGAACGAUUUCUUUGCCUUUCCAGAUGACUUAUAAAAUUAUUUGAGUCAUUGCAGAUGUGUGGAUGCAGUCCUCCAAGCUCAUGGCGGUCAUAUACAAUAUUCUUUCUUUUACCACUGCACCAUGACUUUAUAUUCUAUACUGCACAUUAUUUCUGUUAGGUGACAAGACUUUUGUCCAAGCAAAGUCAGACCUUACUGUCCUAAUUAAAUAAUUAAAUAUCAAGACAUUUUGGUAAAAUAAGCUUAAUCUAGAGGCCUUUGCCUUUUAUAUAAAGCACUUGUGAUACCAAAUAGUCAUGUAGAAGUCAAGUUAAUAUUUAUUGUUCCUAAAUCUUGGCUAGGCGACAAGACUUUUGUCAGGUAGUGAAUAACUCCUAGAGAAAAAUACCCAUCAUACAAGUUUCUUUUUGUUAGCAAAAAGCUAAUUAACGAAAUUUUACAUCUUACGCUUGUUUUUUUUUGGUUGUUUGAAUACAUGCAGCACACAACAAACUUAACAAUUAUUCACAAAAAAAGCACAACAGCAGUUAAUGACAUGCCUUGAAUGUAUUGUAAAAACAAUAGUUUAUUCAGCAAAAUGUAUCACUCUUAAAACUGGACAAAAAGAACAAUAAAAAGCUUCCAGGAUUUGAUGAAUCAGUCGUUUCAGAUGAAAAUAUAAUACUCCAUGUAAUAAUUGUCAGCUCACACUCCAAAUAAAAUCUUGCACAUGAA